UGGCUCAGACAGGAAGGACAGUGUGUUUUAAUGUCCCCUACUCUGAGGAAAAAAGAAAAGUAUAUUUAUUUUCAUUGAGAAGAAGAAACAGAAAAACUGUGGAAGUUAAACAAAUAGGCAGAGUUUGCUUUUCUUUUACAGGUCAUGGGGCCAGUUAAUGGUUAGUGAGACCCAAGCGGGGCAUUUGGUGUUCAAAACUCUGGGAGGCUGGGUUACGUGAUCGAUCUCUUCGGCGUUAGGGGUCAACUUCACACCAGCUCUGAGACUUCCAGCUCGGCGAUGCCCCCAGGCCGCUGGGAGAGAUGCUUCUGGUCGUGGGGGCUCCUUCUGUGGCUCGGUGUUGAAAGUACAGGAGAUGUACUUCCUACCCCACAGACAAAGUGUACUGACUUCCAGAAUGCAAAUCUCCUCCGAGGCACCAGUCUCAGAGUCCAGUUUCUCCUCUUCACCACUUCAGAUCCUAGCUGUGGGCAGCUAGUGGAAGAAAGUAGUGACAUCCAAAACACUGGGUUCAAUGCCACUCUAGAAACCAAGCUGGUUAUCCAUGGAUUCAGGGCUUUAGGAACAAAGCCUUCCUGGAUUGAUAAAUUCAUCGGCACCCUUCUGCAGGCCACAGAUGCUAAUGUGGUCGCCGUGGACUGGGUCUAUGGCUCUACAGGUGUCUACUUCUCAGCCGUGGAAAAUGUGAUUAAGCUGGGACUCGAGAUCUCUCGUUUCCUCAGUAAACUCCUGGCUCUGGGUGUGUCACAGUCCUCAGUCCACAUCAUUGGUGUCAGCCUGGGGGCCCACGUUGCGGGCAUGGUGGGACAUUUCUACAAAGGCCAACUGGGACGGAUCACAGGCCUGGACCCUGCUGGACCGGAGUAUACCAGAGCCAGCCUAGAGGAGCGCUUGGAUGCUGGGGACGCCCUCUUCGUGGAAGCCAUCCACACAGACACAGACAAUUUGGGUAUUCGGAUUCCUGUCGGACAUGUGGACUACUUCGUCAACGGAGGCCAAGACCAACCUGGCUGUCCCAUCUUCAUUCAUGCAGGCUACAGUUAUUUGAUCUGUGAUCACAUGAGGGCUGUGCACCUCUACAUCAGCGCACUGGAGAAUUCCUGUCCACUGAUGGCCUUCCCUUGUACCAGCUAUAAGGCCUUCCUUGCUGGACACUGUCUGGAUUGUUUCAACCCUUUUCUGCUUUCCUGUCCAAGGAUUGGGCUGGUGGAACAAGGUGGUGUCAAGAUAGAACCACUUCCCAAGGAAGUGAAGGUCUACCUCCAGACCACUUCCAAGGCUCCAUACUGUGUGCAUCACAACCUUGUGGAGUUUUACUUGCAGGAGCCAAGAAACCGGGACACCUGUAUCACAGUCACCUUCCUUGGCAGCAAUGUCACCUCGUCGGUCAAGAUCACCAUACCUAGACAGCACCGCCAUGGGAAAGGAGUCAUAGCUCACCCCAACCCUCAGUGCCAGAUAAGCCAAGUGAAACUCAAGUUUCAGGCUUCCCACCGGGUUUGGAAAAAAGACCGGAUGACCAUUAUCGGAAAGUUCUGCACUGCUCCUUUGCCCGUCAAUGACAAUAAAAAUAUGGUCUGCUUACCUGAGCCAGUGAACUUACAAGCAAGUGAGACUGUUUCUCAUGACCUGAAAAUAACCUGUAUAUAGUAUAAGGGCAGGAUCCAGCUCCCUGGAUUGGGGAUAGGGGGUGUGGGUGUUCAACUUACUGUAAGCCAUUACUAGUAAGAAGGAAGGCUAAACUCUUUAUUUUACCCAUAAUUACAGAUAAUUAUGUAGAGAGCUUUAUCUCCAUUGUCUAUUCAUAGAGCCUUACAAAGAUACCGUAUGAGCUUUCCUACUUACGCUUAACUGAAACUGCCUCAUAUCCUUGGGCAUCUGUACCUAGAAUUCAAUAGAAACCUAUACAGGGAAAAGUUGUGUUUUUUCCCAAAUAAAACUCCAUGGAAUAUCUGAA